ACGACCCUCGGACAGGUACGGAAGGAGGGAAACAUGCGAAGUAGCUGCAGCUACCGCUGAGAGGCUUUUUCGAAGGGUACGUCACUGCUUUUUUUUUUGAUCAGCUGCUCGGUGUUGUACUGAAGCCGCAUGGUAAUGAUACACCAGGAUCGCCGUCGUGGCGUAAGGGGAUACCAUCGCCACGGAUCGAUCUCUUCGGCUUACGGAGAUGACUAUUACGAUGACAGUUAUCUCUCUGACGAUGAUGAGCGAUAUUCCCAUUAUGGAGGUCGCCGUCGCCUUUCUACUGGGUCUACCGGUGCCCUUAUUCCGUCGGGCUUUGGAGCAGGGUAUGGUUCCUACCCACAGCUUACAUAUGCCGGGCAGCAAGUGGGAUAUCCCACUGCUGGGUACCCAGCUACCUCCGCAUAUGGAUAUCAGCCUGCAACUGUUGGAGGUGGACUAAUGGUUCCGCAUGCGAGGUCAAGAGCGUCGUCGUUUAGUUAUGCCGGAUCACCCGGAUACAUGUACUGAUCGAGGUUCAUUUGUAACCAAUUUUUUUUUGUCUUGUCGAAUGUGAAAAAAAUGCCCCCUUUUUUCCAAG